AUUUUGUAUUAAUAUAAAUAAAAUGUUUUAAGCAGAAAAAGGUGCCAAUGCCAUUCCUGGAUAUACAGGGUAAAAUAUUGUUUAUUAAUUACAUUUAGUUUCAUACCAAGUCAAGAUUACGAUUAAGAUUUAUUAUAAAUUUAAGGUAACAGAAAUCAUAUUCCAAGUAUAUUAUGUUAUUCAUACUUUCAGAUUAUGCAGGAUUUGUUCCAGGAAUCAAAUCAGAAAACCUAUUUGGAAAAACAUUCGGAAAGAUUACUUUACUUUCUAGUACUCAUGAACAUCAUCGAGGGUAUAAUCUCAAUUUAUAAUUUCAGAUCUGAUUUACCUGCUGAUAUUAGGUACAAAAGUGAAAUCAAAGAAGCCUAUUGUGAUCAAAGAGAUUAACGUGGAAGAGAUAUUAAUCUAUAUGGUAAAUUAGAUUCAGAAACAUCGGUAACUGUUAUCUUAACUAUUUUUAUUAGAAAGCACUUGCUUAUACUCUAUCCAAUCUGACACACUUUGAAUAAACUAAUAAUCUUCCAAAAAGAUGUAAUUAUCCAUUCCAUUAUCAAAGGUGACUCCAAAGAUAGAUAGAGUACUCUAACUUAUGAAGAAGCUUUGCAAAAAUUAAAAUGAUUAUUAAUAUUCG